AUGACUAGCCUAACUUAUAAGCAUAUUACUGAAAUAGUCGAUAAUUAUGAUGGAUUUUUAUUUGAUCUUUGGGGGGUAGUGGUUGAAGGUAAUUAUAAUUAUCCCGGAGUGGUAGAUAAUAUUAAUCAUAUAAUUAACAGAGGUAAAAAAGUUAUUUUCAUUACCAAUGCUCCGCGUACUAUAGAACAUUUGUCAUCUAGGCUUACCGCUUGGGGGAUUAACGCUAGUAAAGAAAUGAUCAUUAGCUCAGGAGAAUUAGCGGUUAAUAUGAUAUUGAAUAGUAAGAAAAUUUUUGCUAUUAAUAAGCCUUUAAUAUAUCAUCUUAGUAGUGAUCAAAAUAACCUAACAGAGAAUGCGCAGAUCUCUACUACUCUUAAUAUAAAUGAAGCUGAUAUUUUGCUUUUAACGUUACAUUAUGAUGAAGAAGAAAAAGUAAAUUUAGAUAAAUUUGAUAGUUUAUUACAAACUGCCGUUAACAGAAAAAUGAUUACUAUUUGCGCUAAUCCUGAUCUUGGAAUAAUGCAACAAGGAGUGUAUAGGUACUGUGCUGGGUAUUUUGCUGCUAAAAUAAAGCAAUUUGGAGGUACAGUAAUUUAUACCGGGAAACCAUACUCUGAAAUAUAUCAGCUGGCAUUAAGUAAAUUACCAAAUAUUUCUAAAAAACGUAUUCUGAUGGUAGGCGAUACUUUUUAUACUGAUAUAUUAGGCGCUAAUACAAUAGGGAUUGACUCUGCGUUAGUAUUAACAGGUAAUGCUACCAAAUUUCAUAACCAAUACUCUAUAUUAGAGGAGAAAUUAGCACGCAUAAAGAUCGCUGCUCUAGAAGAAGAAGUAAUGCCUAAUUUUGUUGUUGAAUUAGGAAAUGGGCAGGAAUUGCUUGCGCCAAAAUUAGCUUAA